UUUCAGGUGCACAGACAUAGAAUGUCCUCGGGUGUCUUGGUCAAUUCAGAAUGCCAAACCGUAUUCCAGCAGCUUUCGGAAGGAAAGCAUCACAAACUGCGCUAUAUCAUUUAUAAAAUCGAAGAUAAAGAAGUUGUGGUGGAGGCAGCUGUCUCACCAGAUGAGCUUGGCGUAACAGAUGAUGAUCAUGACGAAAAUUCCAAAACUGCAUACGAAGCAUUUGUGCAAGAUUUAAGGGAGCGGACGAAUGGUUUCAAAGAUUGCCGUUAUGCUGUUUUCGAUUUCAAGUUUUCAUGCAAUCGACCCGGCGCCGGUACUUCGAAAAUGGACAAAAUUGUUUUCAUACAGCUAUGUCCUGACGGUGCACCAAUCAAAAAGAAAAUGGUUUACGCUUCGUCCGCAUCUGCAAUCAAGUCUUCGUUAGGAACUGCUAAAAUUCUGCAGUUCCAAGUCUCGGAUGAUUCCGAAAUCGCUCAUAAGGAGCUUUUGUCGAAGUUGAGUGAGAAAUACCGUGACAAUUAAUGGUUACCGUUCGCUACAAUUGUCGAUUGGAAUGAUGUAUGUGAUCGAAAUGGAUAUUGGCCUCGUUGUUUUAUGUUGAUAUUUAUUUGCUUUAUCAUUAAUGAAGGUGAAAUUGGAUUUAUGGUUGCUGCUUGAGUCAGGUGGCCAUUAAAUCCUCUCGUCUAAAAUCUUGGAGAGAAAUGAGAUUCUAGUGCUCUGUAAUUAUGGCUAUUUGCACGAAGAGCUUCCGUUUUUUCGUAACUUUUAGAACACGAUUUAUAUUUGUUACUCGUGUUGAGAAUCCAGAAAGAUGUCGC